CCUUCCUUAGAUAACAAAAUGCACGCCUCUUCCAAUAACAUUGGAUCCCGUUUUUCACUUUUACCAUUUUCUUUUUCUUUUUUUUACUGUGGUUAAUGGAGUGGGUCUGAAAAGGAUACAAAAGUGACGUGGGACCAAGAAAAUUGAGGCCACCUCGUGUGUGUUCUUUUAGACGAGGUUAAACAUUCAGCAUCUAGGUAGGGCAGUAGGGGAUAUUUGCUUUCUAGGUAGGGGUUCCAGUUGGCAGAAAGGGCUUAGUGGUGUUGAAAGAAGGUUUGGGCCAUUCGAUGUAAAUAUUCUGGCCAAAAAUAUGGGCCUUUCUUUACGACCUACAGAACUCAUUGAUGAUGGGCCGUCCAUUAUCAAAGAUCCAGAUUUCUAUUUCAAUCUGCAAAAGGCCUUUAUACUCGAGCCCAAAAAGCGUUUCUUUGCUUAUCCUCAACUCACAGAUCACAAAUCUUCCGUUUUUCUUUCUAACCAAAAGUUGCCUACAUUUCUUUAGUAUUGCACUAGGGCUAUGAUUGGCCUGAGUGCAUUUUCUCUUUAAAAAACUUAACAAAGAAAAAAAAAAAUAAUAAUAAAGGAAAGACAACUGUGACUGAGGUUUCAGAGUGCACAUGGCACCCCUUUUCAUUACGGAUAUAAUCAUAACUAGGGAUGGCCAUGGGUCCUGUGUGAGGUCCCCUUCUCUAUUUUUUGUUCAUGUCAGUGGCUGGUAUGAGAAUUUUUUAAUAGAUUUUUGGUGGAGAGUAAAAAAUGCCUUCCGCCCCCCUAUCUCCAUAGGAAAUAAUAAAUUCUCAUGCAUAUGUAGAUUCCCCAUCAAAUAUUAAAAUAAUAGAAUUUAACCUCAUUUUUUUGACAAAUAAAUUUUAUAACAUUAUAUAAAGAGUAAUUCAUGGGGUGUAAGAAUAAGAAUUUGCAAAAGUGAAAAGCACGUAAAAAAUUUAACAAACACCAUAAAAAAAAUACUAUAUAAAGAAACAAAAAAAAUAUAAAUUUGAAACAAUUAAAUGCAUACAAUGGUCCAGGAGCGGAGGCAGAAAUUUUUUUCAGGAAGGGCAAAAUACUAAAAGUUUCAAAGGUCAGGAGAGGUUAAAACAUUUUUCAUAUACUAAUUUGCAAAAUUUUCAAAUUUCGCCCCUGGCUCCGCCAUUGCAAUGGUCCAUCAAGUGCAUACAAUAAUCCAGCAAAUGCAUA